UCUUCGUUUCUUGUCACCCGACUCACCUCGCCCCAAAUUCCUCUCUCUCCCUCGCUCUCGGAGAGAGGGAAAAUAUCAAGUUCUAGAGAGAAGAUUUAACGAGUCCCAGUUGACAACAUUCCGAUCACCACCUCUCCUCCUCCUCCUCCUCCCCCUCCGGAACUGACAACUUCCUUCAUUCUCUUCAUUUUUUUUUGCUUCUUUAAAAAUGGAGAGCAUGAAGAGUCCAUUCAAGGGAAUAAUAAAAGAUGUAAGAGGGAGAACAGCAUGUUAUAAGGAUGAUUGGGUUAGUGGACUGUGUUCAGGAUUAAGAAUUUUGGCUCCAACUUUCUAUAUCUUCUUUGCUUCUGCACUUCCUGUGAUUGCCUUUGGAGAGCAAUUAAGUAGAGACACAGAUGGAAGCUUGAGUACUGUGGAAACCUUAGCUUCUACUGCUAUUUGUGGAAUAAUCCACUCAAUUUUAGGUGGACAGCCAUUGCUGAUUCUAGGGGUUGCAGAACCUACUGUUAUAAUGUACACCUAUCUGUACAAUUUCAGCAAAGGAAGGGAAGAGUUGGGGCAGAAAUUGUUUCUAGCUUGGGCUGGUUGGGUUUGUGUCUGGACAGCACUCCUGCUUGUUCUUCUUGCAAUUUGUAAUGCAGCUACCAUCAUCUUUAAAUUUACAAGGAUAGCUGGGGAGCUUUUUGGCAUGCUGAUUUCAGUUCUUUUCAUUCAAGAGGCUGUCAGGGGAGUGGUUAGUGAAUUCAAUAUUCCUAAAGAUGAAAGUUCAAAACCGGAGAAGUACCAAUUCCAGUGGCGGUAUGCAAAUGGAUUGCUCUCUGUAAUUUUCUCAUUGGGUGUAUUGUUCACCGCCCUUAAAAGCCGUAGGGCAAGAUCAUGGCGAUAUGGCACAGGGUGGAUCCGAGGUUUUAUUGCAGACUAUGGAGUUCCCCUAAUGGUCGUGUUGUGGACAGCUUUGUCUUAUGUCAGACCCAGCGAAGUUCCUUCUGGGGUUCCUAGGAGAGUUCAUGUUCCACUUCUUUCGGAUGCUGAAUCAGUGCACCAUUGGACAGUAAUAAAGGACAUGGGGAAGGUUCCUUUGACAUACAUCUUUGCUGCCUUAAUACCAGCUGUUAUGAUAGCCGGCUUGUAUUUUUUUGACCACAGCGUAGCUUCACAGAUGGCACAACAGAAGGAGUUUAAUCUCAAAAAUCCAUCUGCUUACCAUUAUGAUGUCUUGUUGCUUGGUUUCAUGACAUUGAUUUGUGGGUUACUUGGACUACCUCCUUCAAAUGGUGUCCUCCCCCAAUCCCGCAUGCACACCAAGAGCCUUGCAGUUCUCAGGAGGCAGUUGAUUAGAAAGAAAAUGGUAAAGAGCGCAAAGGAAUGCAUAGGCCAAAAAGCAAGCAACUCGGAAAUUUAUGGAAGAAUGCAUGCUGUGUUUUUAGAAAUGGAUGCGCCUUCACCUGAUGUUUCAGUACAUAUGGAGUUGGAGAACUUGAAGCAGGCCGUCAUGAAAUCUGAUGAUGAAGAGGAUGCUAAAAAAAAAUUUGAUCCUGAGAAACACAUUGAUGCUUAUUUGCCUGUGAGAGUUAAUGAACAGAGAAUGAGCAACCUGAUACAGUCAAUCCUUGUUGGAGUAUCAAUGUGUGCUUUGCCUCUGAUAAAAAGAAUACCCACGUCGGUUCUAUGGGGAUACUUCGCCUACAUGGCUAUUGAUAGUCUUCCAGGGAAUCAGUUCUGGGAAAGGAUGCUGUUGCUCUUCAUCACUCCUAGCCGGCGUUACAAAGUCCUGGAAGGUGUUCAUGCUUCAUUUGUGGAGGUGGUGCCAUUCAAGCAAAUUGCUAUCUUCACAAUUUUUCAAUUUUUCUACCUUUUGAUCUGUUUUGGAGUGACAUGGAUACCCAUAGCUGGAAUAUUGUUCCCCCUACCAUUCUUCCUUCUUAUUGGCAUAAGGCAGCGCAUCCUUCCCAAGCUGUUUCAACCUAACCAUCUGCAAGAACUGGAUGCUGACGAGUAUGAAGAAAUUGCUGGUGCUCCAGCACGAAGCCGAAGCCUUUCCCUCAUGGAAAGAGAACCACUUGAUGUGGAUUCUGAAAAGAGUGAAGAUGAUUUCUAUGAUGCUGAGAUACUGGAUGAGAUGACAACCAACAGAGGCGAGUUGAAACUCAGAACCCAAAGCUUCAAAGAAGAUAGAUUACAUCAGGUCUAUCCACACGAACAAGGAUGACUUUUGAAUACAAUGAGUACCUCAACAACAAUUAGGAUAUACUAGAUAAUUACUACGAUCCUCUGUUUGACCUAAAGAACAUGAAACAAAGGGCCUUUUGAGCAAGAGUGUUGAAGAAUAUCACUUGUGUCGACGGACGGAAUCUGUUGCAGAAGAGAAAGAAUGCCAGAAAGAACAGUGUUAAUGAGGAGGCUUUAUAUAUAGCUUGUGAUUAUUUGCUCACAUAUAUCUACCGCGAAAAAGAAUUUUGAGAGGGAAGGAGAAAUGAGAUACUAUUAGGAAUGCAGAAACCCUCAUAUUAUCCCCAACGAAAUUAGUGAAAUUUUUAUUAUUAGUAUUGUUUUUUUUUACUUGAACAGAUUGAUAGUCAGAAAUUUUAGAAAUCUUUCACA